AUGGGGAGUUGUAGUGAGGCAAGGAGGAAGAGCCCAGAAGAGGCAGUAGUCAGGGGCAGCGUAGCAGAGCAACCUAAUCCAUCCCGCUGCGCUCGGGCGCUCGGCUCCUUCCAUCAGGUCGCGCCGCCGCCAGCAGCCAGGACGCACCGGCGCCUCCGCCUAUCCACUCCACCAGCCACCCGGACGUCCCGCCGCCAGCCGCUCCUGGCCUCCUUCCAACAGAACGCAGCGACGCGCCGCCAUUCGCCUUCUCGGUCGGAGCAACCACGCCCGCCUUCCAUCUUGAUUUCUGACCGUUGUCGCCGUUCUGGGUCCGGUCUCCCGAGCAGGAAGAGCUACAGGCUGCAGCUACUACCGGCCUACCGCCUCCGACCCUUCGCCUCAUCCGCACAGCCGACCGACGCCCUCGUCCCAGUGGCCAGUUCUCAGUCAGUGGAACAGAAGAUGAAGAGGAAUGGUGACAUUAAGUCCUUUUUCUGGAAUUAUGAGGCUGCUAAAAGAAAGAAGGCUGCAGCCGAAGAGCAACUUGAAUAUGAAUAUAUAGUGUCAAAUAUUGAAGAUGAAGCAGUCCUUCCUCCACCUCUAGUCCAUUCUGCAGAGAUUGUAGUUGAUAUUGAAGAUGAAGCAUUCCAUUCCGAUGUAGAGAUUGAAAGUGAUAGUGAAAAUGAAGUGGCAUCACCCCAACAUCCAUGUGCAAGGCCAUAUAAUAUUCAAAGGCUUCCUCCUGAUCCAGGGGAGAGGAUUCCUAUUUCAGCGUACGAUGUCGAUGAUCAAGUUGGUUCUUAUAGCUGUGGCAAGGGACAAUGA